AUGGUGGAAAUUAUCCAAGUUCAACCCGUCAAUCCGGUGAGCCCCACUCCUCCGAACAACGAUAAGUUCUGGACCGGCAAAGAUUUAAAGAAGUCAAACUUCUUAGUUCCGACGCACGAGACCUGCGGCCGCCAGGUUAUCCUCUGGAUCAAGAAGCACAAAGUGAGUUUUCUUGGAUACCUCCUACAGCUUAAGAGGGCGGGGAAGAUACUUUGUUAGCGUUUUUUUCUGUAGUUUCGUUUGCGAAAUGCGAGAACUGAUUGGCUUUGCGAUUUUUUGUCAUUCAAUUGCUAAAAAUCUCGGUUUCAAAACAUUGAGAAAUUGCAAAGCGUCCGUCUGAUUGCUCAUAUUUCUUCAGUGGCCUCUCUCGAUCAUCGCUGUCCUCCUCGGCAUUGGAGUCAUCGUCGGUGUGAUCGAGUUCAUGGUGGUGAAAAAGACGAACACCUAA